GGGACACAAUUGUCAUUCUAAUAAAAGGUAAGAACAGCUGGAUGCUUUUCUUAUUGGAAUCUAUGCCAGAAUAUAUUACUCAAUAUAAAUUUUAUCUUUUAAUUUUUAAAUAGAUUUUUAUUUCUAAUUCUGUUAUUAGUAUACUCUUUAUCCUAAAUAUUUAUAAUUAUGUUUGGCCGCUGGAUUUCUAUGAUGGAAAAGGCGAAGCCAAGAAAAAUUAAAGAAAAGAAAAACAGCUUUUCAUCUCACCUUCAUCUUUCUCUCUCCCUCCAGUCUCUACCUCUUAUCUCUGUUUUUGCUGUCCAUCAGCUUCUCUCAUAGAGAAAGAGGAGGGGACGGAGAGGGGGAGAAGUGAAGGAAGUGAGACCGUUACACCGGCGGCGCACGGUAGCACAGGGUCCUUUAUUCUACGCUCUGUUUCAAUUUCCACUGAUUCCUUCCUGGUAUUGCUUUCCUAACAAAGGUCGCUUCGUUCCCACGGCAAAUUCCACUUUGACACGGAGCCCAAAAAAAUCGAUUCUGAACUUUGCUUCUGACCCCAUAUUUAGUCGGUUGCCCUUUUGAACUCUGGCGGACCUAAAAGGAACGCUAUCGUUCUACUGGUCCUCCCUCUCGGUAAUAUUAGCAGAUCGGUUUGAUUUCGAAUCUUAAAAAAAGUAAAGGAGAGGGAUUUUCAGUAUUAAGAUGCUUUGGAUAAUGCGACUCUCGGGGUUCUUUUCAGCUGCAAUGGUGAUGAUUGUUCUCUCUCCGUCGCUCCAGUCUUUUCCUCCAGCUGAAGCCAUUAGAUCCUCUCACCUCGACAGGUACCUCCGGUUACCGUCGUAUCAGAUGUCCACUUCACCACACUCAAUAGAGGAUCGAUUUUCUUUUCGAAAAGCCUCCGAAUCUCGUAAUGCCGACGAAUGUGGUUUCACCAACCAUAAAAUCUCCGGCGUUUGCGAUCCUUCUUUAGUCCACGUGGCUAUCACCCUCGAUGUCGAGUAUCUCCGUGGCUCAAUCGCCGCCGUUCACUCUAUUCUCCAGCAUUCAUUGUGCCCGGAGAACAUUUUCUUCCAUUUCCUCGUCUCGGAGACCAAUCUGGAAACCCUAGUUCGGUCCACGUUCCCUCAAUUGAAGUUCAAGGUUUAUUAUUUCGAACCUGAGAUUGUACGGAACUUGAUAUCGUCCUCUAUUAGGCAAGCGCUUGAACAGCCGUUAAAUUAUGCCAGAAAUUACUUAGCGGAUCUGCUAGAGCCGUGCGUACGGAGAGUGAUUUAUUUGGACUCUGAUCUAGUCGUUGUUGACGAUAUCGCUAAGUUGUGGAGUACCAGCCUGGGUUCAAGAACAAUCGGGGCACCGGAAUAUUGCCACGCAAACUUCACAAAAUAUUUCACGGGCGGGUUCUGGAAGGGCGAACGGUUUUCAGGGACUUUCAAAGGGAGGAAGCCUUGCUAUUUUAACACGGGGGUGAUGGUGAUAGAUCUGGUGAAAUGGAGGCGGGUCGGGUACACGAAGCGGAUCGAAAGGUGGAUGGAGAUCCAGAAAAGUGACCGGAUCUACGAACUAGGCUCGUUGCCGCCGUUCUUGUUGGUUUUUGCGGGGCGCGUAGCGCCCAUCGAGCAUAGAUGGAACCAGCAUGGGUUGGGUGGGGACAAUGUGAGGGGAAGUUGUCGAGACUUGCAUCCGGGUCCGGUUAGCCUCUUGCAUUGGUCUGGUAGCGGUAAGCCAUGGCUUAGGCUGGAUUCGAAACGGCCGUGUCCACUCGACGCUUUAUGGGCGCCUUAUGACUUGUACGGACACUCGCAUUGAUAUCACAGCAGGGAUAGUCGCCGGUGGAGUGCAAUUAGCAAGAAAUGGGCUUGGAUUAAGUGGGAAAGGACAUGUGAUCUUUUAUUGCGAGUUAGUUGUCCAUUUUCAAUGGUGGCCGAAAGGGACCGAAUGAAGGGGCGAGGGGGCCGCGGUGCCGGCUGGAGAACUAAUCUAGGCAUUGGAAGAAUCUGAAAGUUUUGGAUAGCCGCUUGCUUAGUUCAUGGGGCUGUAAUUUUUUUUAUUAUUUAUUUAUUUUUGGUGGCUUUGUGCUUUGGUGGCAGCGGCGGAAGACUUGUGAGCUGCCUCCUCUCACUGUUCAUUUGCGCACUUAGGUGGCAACGCAUAUUCUCCCUUUGGCGUCAGAUUUGUGUGUAUAAUGUAUUUCUUGGUAAUUUUUCAGUAUUUUUUUAAAAUUUUUUUACUCUAAAUAAAGUGAUACAUAUACACAUGCAUGCAUUUUAUUAUAAUAUUUUAUCCACCAAAUAAAUUAUAAAGUAAUGAUUAAUAAGGGGCGAUUGUUUAAAUGAAGCUAAGAAAGUCGAGCUACCAAACUAAAAUGGUGGCAUCGACAGAGGGACCCAGAUGUCAUUGUAGUGUAUGAAAUGUCCAAAGUAGGAAUGGGGACCGAUUCCUUUUGCCCUGGCAUCCCACGUGGCCAGGUGUUGGAAUUUUAUAGAAUCAACGAGUCAUCUUACGGUUAGUCAGCCCCAUAUGAUUUGUUCCAUUUGGGUAAACUUCGAACUUAAUAUUGUGGCUAAUUGGCUAUGUAGCAUCAACCUACAUGCGCCUGCUUUGCUUCGUAACUAUUUCUUUUAUUUUAAUGUUUAUUUAUUUAAUUCUUCUAAAUAGGACAUUACGUUUAGAUUUGUUUAAAAUUACAGUCUUUAAGAAUUUGACUAAUAUACAUUUCACCUAAUACUCAACUGAUUUCGUAAUUACUCUUUUUUUUAACUAUAAAAAAGGAAUUUAUAUAAGAUACUUUAAUUAAUCAAUUAAAAUAAAAUUUGACCUGGACAUAGUAACAGCUGAAACUGGGCCUACAUAGUUUUUGGUGGUAAAAUCAUAAAAGAGAGAUGUGACGCUGGCAGCUUUUGAUUCAAUUAUUCUAAACAUAUCCUAAUCCAGUUAUUUUUAAUCAUUUGGUGAGGUUAGAUGAUUCCAGAAGGAGUGGAGGU